GUAUACAUAUACAUAUACAUAUAUACAUAUAAAUAUACUGUAUAUAUAGGCCUAUUGCGUUGACCGGCCCCGCUAGACUCCGGCUCACUCGGAAAUAUCCUGGUACUCUCGAUGUCCAGUCUACCACUGGACUGAUAUGAUCUGCCUGCAGACCAAUGAUUGACACAGGAGGAUGACAGGCAGACCUUACAAUCAACAGCAGACCUGUUAGGUUAAGUUACCAUAACCUAACACAAUAACUUUGUCUUUUCUUCACUUUAGUGUCUUUGUCUUCUCUGCAUUUGGAAAGGUAAGUGAGGACCAUCGUAAAGUAGGCUCACUUUAAAUUUAUAAAUGUUUUCAUUUUCUGAUAAAUAAUAAAUGAUGUGUGUGUGAAUCCUUCUUUAUAUCGUUUCUGGAUGUGAAGAUUUUCAUAGUGUGAUUUAUGCGCUGAUAAAACAUUUUUUGGAUACGACAAUCAGUUCGCCUAGCAUUUUUGUUUUUUCAGCACUACGGUGCUACACAGCUCCUAUUAAGACAGGUGCUGAGCCAGUGGCUCAUUGCAGAGGUGACGUGAACCUUUAGUGGGCCCUUUCAGCCUUUGGUUAUUUCAGCACCAUGGUCAACACCAUGGAUUUGUUAAUGGUCAGCUGCCUACUGUCAUCUCACCACAGUGCCACUUGGCUAUUUCAGCACCAUGGUCAAUGCCAAUGAUCAAGUCACACAAAAUCGAUUCAGACAUGGCAACACACAAGUGACACUGGGCUGUCUCCCUCGGCCGUUGUUACAAACCUGCAGUGCGCCAGAGCCUCACACACUCUGACUGGCAGCUGAGGCAAGACACUUACAGGACCAGUAGUCCAGGCCGACUGACCAAGCCUGUAGAGCUGUCUGAAGUCCUUAAGAACGUCUCUUUACUGGACAACACCAGUAGGCCUAUAAUGCAUCUAAAAAUGUUCUAGCUCAUCAUAUGAUGUGUUGAAAUAACAUAUUCUCUUCUUGUUUCCAGUCCAGAAAAAUUGCAAAAAGCGUUGAGGAAAUUGUUCCUGUUAUAGACAGACUUCAUGCCUCAGCAAUAUCUGUUGGUCAUGAGGCAGAAAUUGAUCAGGAUACAUUCUGGGGUGAAGUCUGCAAAGACAUUGGAAUUUCUAAUGUCAAGACUAACAGGACAUGGCUCAAGAACGGGUAUCUCAGACACAAAAAGAAAAAUGUGGUGGCUGCCAAUAGUACAGCCCAGUCUGUGGUGUCACCUGACACUGAUGCGAGUGAAGACACUCCUGGCCCUACGCCCUCUCAUGAUGGCAUGACCCCAAGUCCUGCACAGAUCGGAUCAGUCUCUUCGGAUGAAGAAUAUACAUCUGAUGACGAAAUUGCCACCCCCGCCUUGUUUUUUCUUUAUUGACCGCAAAGAUUGGACAAACCUUCGGAAGACACAACAUCAAAACAAUGAACUGGACAUCAGUAAUGGCAAACGGUAUUAAAAGCAUACAUCCACUUUGCAGUUUUGGAUUCCAAGGACACAGAGUCAAAUCCAUCAGCUCUAGAAGAAGUGGUCCAGUCUUUGUGUGUUCGGGCUACUGCCUCUUCGAUGACUGCCCGGUAGAGGUGGAUGUCAUAGUCCAAGAGGAGUCAUCCCUGAAAGCCAUUGUGAAGUUCCGUGGUAGUUUCGUGUGCCACCGAUGGGACCAGCUGAAAAAACGGCCAGUGCGAGGCAAGGAAAGGGAUGCCCUGUCUCAAACCCUUUCAACAAAAAUGCCCAGGAGUGUCUUCCUUGAGAGCCUUGCAAGGCUUGAUGACACUGUCAUGGCAUCAGGUUGCAGGGACCAGGUCCCUGCUACGGGUGUGAUGAAAACUGUGUCGUGGAGCCAAAAGGUUAAAAGAAGGCGGCAUAAAAAUGAUAUAAUCAGCCUGCAGAGGAUGCUGAAAGAAGAAGAGGAAGAUCCUAAUGAAAGGAUAAUCCAGAAAGUCGGCCUUCACCCCAAAAGUGUAAUGCUGUUUAGUCUCAAAACACUCAAUGUCUUCUUUGACAGAUGCAAAGAAGACAUUGAGUCUUCUUUGCAUCUGCUUUUGGGCCAUGUUGUCUGUAAUCAGACAACAUGGCCCAAAAGCCAAAACCAGGCCGGUUAUGUUCAUUUGUGACGGCUCAGUGGUCCUCCUACAGUCACUUUCAUCGAAUUUCUGUGGAGUGAGUCUGCUGGAACUCCUCUGCAGGUAUUUCUUGAUCGUGACUGGACAAGCAAAGGAUGAUGCCAUCGGUCUUCCCAUCCUCCACAGAUGCCUAAGUAAACUGAUUUUGUAAUUUUCCUUUGUAGUGCCUCCAAACAUUACAAGUUGGCAAUGCAUGUGUUUGGACUGAUGACCCAAGCAUCAACAUUGAGGGAACUGGAUGAACUUGUCAUCAGUACCAACGUGGUCUUCUCCAGUUCCCACAGUGGAGAAAAAGUAGAAAAGCAUUUUUGAAAUCUCCAAAUGCAGCUCACCAAAGGAGGACCAUGUCCUGAGGACUAUACAGACAGCAACCUGGACUUUGAGAAUGACAUAGGACCGACACGAUUUCUACAACAUUUUGAAGAGGUGAUUAAGAGGGAAGACCUUGACCAGGAAGGUGAUGAAAACAACUACUAUUGUCCGACUUUCAUCCCAACCUUGAUGCGGUACUUUCUUCCUCAGGCUGCCCUGUGGAGUAAAUUACUCCUCGGUGAUACUUAUAAAGUCACUCUCAAGGCCCUACUGAGGGAGUAUGCCGACUCCAAAAGGAGAAAGAAGAAGACACAUCGGGUGGACGUGGAACGGUGGAAGAAUAGAAGACAAAAAAAAAGAGGGGUGUAUGUGUCGAAACUGUCCAAGCCUUUUGUCUUCAAACAACAGAAGAAUAAGGUCACACAACUGUGGAGAAAAAGUGACACCGAAGUGGUCGUUUCUGUGGUGCCCUCUCAAAUUAUCGGGCACAACUUUGUAAUUCACCACAGUGAGUUUAGAACACUAAAGCCUCACCAGUGGCUUGUAGGCGAGGUCAUUGAAAGCCUCCUUCACCACACUGCCACUAAACUGAAUUUGGGAAGCACCAUUUACAUUCUAAGCCACUAUGUGGCUGGGGUGAUCCUCUUUGGCAAGAGAGAGGAUGUAAGGCGACACAGUUUGUCUAAGAUUGACUUUGACAAAUAUAAGGCCAUUGUGUCAUUUGUUAACAUCAGUGAUACUCACUGGAAGUUUCUGUACAUCAAUGCUGCAGAGACUUCUGUCUAUCUGGUCGAUCCCGCACGCAGCACAACUGAGCAGGCGGACUCAGACGAUGCAGCAAAUAGAUUGCGCGAGUACUUCAAAAUGAGGAGGACGUGUCAUGGAAAAAGUGACUGGGUAAAUGUCAAGUGGACAGGCGAUGUUCUGCAACACCCAUUCCAGAGAGAUGGGUCCAGCUGUGGAGUAAUUGUCGUCAAGAUGGCAAAGGCAGUCAUGGAGGCUUUUCCCAACAGAGCGAGUAUGACAUUUGGGACAGCUCCAGGCAGGAUGGCAGAGGAAAGGAAGAAGUUGGCAGUUAAAAUUCUGCAAGCCUCAGACACCAGCUGUGCCAUGUGCGCAGCAGUAAAACCGCCACUUCCAGGGCCUGCCUUCACAAACUGGAUUCAGUGUGACACCUGUUGCCGGUGGUUCCAUGUGGAGUGCCUUGCCAUGGACUCUGCCACACUUGAGCAGGCAAAAGAAUGUGUUUUAUCGUCAGGAGCCGGUGUGAAAACUGCAAAUCCUUCAAGCCUGAAACAUCACACUUGGUUUUCUGCAUCAGACGCCUCGACAGACGUGAACUCUGCCACCAAAGAGGAUCUGACGUCGUCGUCUGCUGCUGCUGCUGAUGAUGAUGAUGAGGCACAUGACCAGGAUGUGGUUGUGAUAAAGGAGGAGGCAGUGAAGGAGGAGGUGAACGAUGAGGAGCUGCUCCUUAAGGAGGACGGGAUGGAGGCGCCGCUGUCGGAGGACAACAGCGAGGAGGGGCCAUCCGGGAUGACAAGAUCCGCCUCAGAUCUGAGGUUGUGGGAUCAGGGCGGUAACAGACCUUCAGACCGCGUCAGUGCAUUGGAGUCUCCAGGUCCUGCGGAGGUCACGGAGGGCGACUCGUCAGACGUUGUGUUUGAUUUAGCAUCGGAGUCGGACUGUGAAGCUCCGCCCACUGCUCUGGUGAGGAAGCAGUUCUUUCUCAGGUCUGGAGGAGAAAGUCCAGUCUCUGGUCCUGGGACCUCGGAGCUGAAGGUCGGCGGCGCCGUUCAUUACGACACAGAGCUGGACCUCUGCUCCUCAUGGUCGAGUCAGAACCUGGCGAGCGCGAUGCCCAUGACUCAUCAUCCGUUCCUUAAACCGGACCACCGCCCGACGCUGCUGGACAAAAUGUCCGACUUGAACGCCACAGGUUUCCCGUUGGCACUGGGCCUCGGCGGCUCCAGGUUGGACCCUCUGGACCUGAACAGGUACUGCAGGGACCGACGCUUUGCCUGCAGCUACUGCGGGAAAUGCUUCACGUCGUCGCGGAGCCUGGAGACGCACGUGCGCGUUCACACGGGUGAGCGGCCGUACAGUUGCGCCCAGUGUGGGAAACGCUUCACGCAGUCGGGUCACUUGAAGACGCACCAGAGCGUCCACACCGGGGAGCGGCCGUUCGCCUGUGAGCACUGCGGGAAAAGAUUUGCCGGGAAACAGAACCUGAGGAUCCAUCAACAGAAAAAUCAUCGGGGUCAACAGGAAGUCACUAAUGCUGCUGCUGCUGCUCACCCCAGUGUAAUCUGCUGACAUGUGGUUCUGUUAGAGACCCGGACACUGGACCAGAACCUCGCUACUGUUAAUCUGACUGAUUUCUUUCUUUUUUUUCCACAAAGGAAACGUCUUUUUGUGAAGUGUGAUUGUUUGAGGCCUGACACAGAGACUGUGCUGUGAGCGCCCCCUGCUGCUGAGAACCAUACAAACACAGAGACUGACUUAAUAAUCAAUGAUGUCUUCAGAACAUGCCCACGUCUUUAUCUCACUGUGAGACAGACUUCUAUAAACCACUCACUCUCCCUGCACCAAACCUCAGAGAGAAAACCAGUGGUUUUAGCUGCUGCCUCGUGUGGUCACUUUGUGUCACUGAGGUCAAUCUGAACAAAGGCCUAAUUUUCCAAAGUAAGACAUUAGAACUUAGUGAUGAAGGCAACAGUGGAUCAACAACUCCUGUGUGUGUUUGUGUGUGUGAUGUUAAAAUCACUGAUUUUCUCUAUGAGGUUUGGUGUGAGAGAGUGAGUGUUUACAAACUUCUGUGUGUGUGUUAGAAAACUUCUAGUUUUCUAACUCGUCUGACAGAGAAACUGUGACACAAACAUGAACUCACGUUAAGACUAAUAUUGUAUGUUUUCAUCUGUAUGAGAAUUAUAAACAUUUUUAAUAAUAAUGAUUUUCCAAGGGUCUCAUAAUAUGCAAAUAAAUUUUAAUUUGUAAAAACAA